AUGACAGCAGGGUCCCAGGGUCCGUGUCCACUCCUCCUGGGCCUGCUGCUGUGUGCGCUUGGCCCUGCCCUGACGCAGGGGGGGAAGCUGUUGGUGGUCCCCAUAGACGGCAGCCACUGGCUGAGUUUGGCCGGGACCGUCCAGCAGCUGCGGCACAGGGGACAUGACGUAGUGGUCCUCGCACCCGACGCCUCCAUGUACAUUAAAGAAGGGGCAUUUUACACCUUGAAGAGGUAUCCCGUGCCAUUCCGAAGGGAGGACUUGGAAGUGGCUUUUAUAAACCUUGGGCGUAGUGUUUUUGAGAGCGAUCCUUUUCUGCAGCGCGUGGUCAAAAUAUACAAGAAAAUCAAAGAUGACUCGGCUCUACUUUUUUCCGGCUGCUCCCAUUUACUGCACAACAAGGAGUUGAUGUCCUCCCUGGCAGAAGGCAGCUUUGAUGCUGUACUGACAGACCCUUUCCUUCCCUGUGGCCCCAUCGUGGCCCAGUACCUGGCUGUGCCUGCCGUGUUCUUCUUGAAUGGACUGCCGUGCAGCCUCGACUUUCAGGGUACCCAGUGCCCCAACCCACCGUCCUAUGUGCCCAGGCCUAUGUCCUUUAACUCAGAUCGCAUGACCUUCCUGCAGCGGGUGAAGAACAUACUCAUUGCCUUGUCAGAGAGCUUUCUGUGCAGCAUGGUUUAUUCCCCGUACGCACCACUUGCCUCGGAAGUCCUUCAGAAAGACGUGACUCUCCAGGACAUUAUGAGCUAUGCAUCUAUCUGGCUUCUCAGAAGUGACUUUGUAAAUAAUUACCCAAGGCCCAUCAUGCCCAAUACAGUUUUUAUUGGUGGGAUCAACUGCGCUAGCAAAAAGCCACUAUCUCAGGAAUUUGAAGCCUAUGUAAAUGCUUCUGGAGAACAUGGAAUUGUGGUCUUCUCUUUGGGCUCAAUGGUCUCUGAGAUUCCGGAGCAGAAAGCUACGGAAAUUGCUGAUGCUUUGGGCAAAAUACCUCAGACAGUCCUGUGGCGGUACACUGGGACUCCACCACCGAAUCUUGCAAAGAAUACAAAACUUGUCAAGUGGCUGCCACAGAAUGAUCUGCUUGGUCACCCAAAGACUCGGGCCUUUAUCACACAUUCCGGCUCCCAUGGUGUUUAUGAAGGAAUAUGUAAUGGUGUUCCGAUGGUGAUGAUGCCCUUGUUUGGUGAUCAGAUGGACAACGCGAAGCGCAUGGAGACCCGGGGAGCUGGAGUAACCUUGAACAUCCUGGAAAUGAGUUCAGAAGAUUUAGAAAAGGCCCUGAAAACUGUCAUCAGUGACAAAAGCUAUAAGGAAAACAUCAUGCGCCUCUCUAGCCUUCACAAGGACCGCCCCAUGGAGCCUCUAGACCUGGCUGUAUUCUGGGUGGAGUUUGUGAUGAGGCACAAGGGGGCGCCACACCUGCGCCCUGCGGCGCAUGACCUCACCUGGUACCAGUACUACUCUUUGGAUGUGAUCGGCUUCCUCCUGGCGGUGGUACUGACAGUCGUCUUCAUCACCUUUAAGGGCUGUGCCUUUGCCUUCCGGAAGUGCUUCAGGAAAAAAGAGCGAGUGAAGAAAUCUCAUAAAUCCAAGGCACACUGAGAACUGGGUUGGAAACUUGCAAAAAGAGUCAGGUUAAAUUCAUGUUAUGCUUAUUCAGGAAAUACUUUGCCAGAAAAUAACACCGCAGAGUGUGUUUUAAAAAAUAAAAAUGAUCUAAAUGUUAGUCACACAUAUAGGUAGAGAUAUUUAAAUAUCUUUUCUGCUCCCUCCAGUAUCUUUAAUCUGGAUUACACUUGUCAUCUUUCAAAUGACUUGCAGAGAGGGUUGGAUAGGUCCCUCCUUCAAUCUGCAGGACUUUACCUACUCAGAAAUGGGACCUGUUUGGGAGCCACCGCUUCCCACCACUGCUCCCCGCCCCCCAUGAGUUGUAACCUCAUCUUCUGGCAUCUGUAGAUGGUUGUGAUAGAUUCCUUCACCAAUAAUGGCUGGUUCUAAAUGACGCUCAUGCUUCCCAGAUGUCACUUUGUGCAUUAAAGUAAGGAAACGUUUAUUCCUUGUACUUGAUAUGAUAUGAAUGAAUGGUAUAGAUUUCUGACUUUGGGGGGAAAGAAUGAUGUAUAAAAUUCAUGGGUGAUAUGCCUGAGCAGAUAAUCAUUGCUUGAGCCAAAUGGAUCUGAGUUUGACAAAAGCCUAAAUUAUAGAGAUUGGCAAGUAUACUUUCUCUGAUGUAAUAACUAAAAACAUAUUAAUAAAUUCAUAUAAAUUAUA